GGGGCGCUCGUUGGAGGCACCAACUGUGGGACAAAUAGGGAAGAGACAUUUUCUUUUCUACAGUAUUAUGAAUGAAUGUUCUUGGAUGUUUGCUUGAUCGUGUGAUAAUUGAACAUUACCGGUUGCAUUUCCAACGAGCUGAACCAGGCUCAUGUAAACUAGCUCAAAAUGUCUGCUAGCGCUGUGUAUGUCUUGGAUUUAAAAGGAAAGGUCCUGGUAUGCCGAAAUUACCGGGGAGAUGUGGAUAUGUCCGAGAUCGAGCAUUUCAUGACCCUCCUGAUGGACAAAGAGGAGGAGGGGACGCUCUCUCCAAUCCUGGCUCACGGGGGUGUCCGUUUCAUGUGGAUCAAACACAACAAUCUUUACCGUAUCCAUAUUGGUCCCUGCAUUGUUAUUGUGCUCAAGUGUAUUGUCAACACAGUGGUUGCAACAUCCAAGAAGAACGCCAGUGUCUCCCUGGUUUUCUCCUUCUUGUACAAAAUUGUUCAAGUGUUUUCAGAGUACUUUAAAGAGUUGGAAGAAGAGAGCAUAAGAGAUAAUUUUGUCAUCAUAUAUGAACUGAUGGAUGAACUGAUGGACUUUGGUUAUCCUCAGACCACUGACAGCAAGAUUCUGCAAGAAUACAUAACCCAGGAGGGACACAAGCUAGACACCGGCGCCCCGCGACCCCCCGCCACAGUCACCAACGCCGUCUCCUGGAGGUCAGAGGGUAUCAAGUACAGGAAAAAUGAGGUUUUCCUGGACGUCAUUGAGUCAGUCAACCUCCUGGUUAGUGCCAAUGGCAACGUUCUACGCAGUGAGAUCGUUGGCUCCAUUAAGAUGCGCGUUUUCCUGUCUGGAAUGCCCGAGCUGCGCCUGGGCCUGAACGACAAGGUUCUGUUUGAAAACACUGGACGAGGAAAGAGUAAAUCAGUCGAACUGGAGGACGUCAAGUUCCAUCAGUGUGUGCGUCUGUCUCGCUUCGAGAACGACCGCACCAUCUCCUUCAUCCCCCCCGAUGGAGAGUUUGAGCUCAUGUCCUACCGCCUCAACACUCACGUAAAGCCCUUGAUCUGGAUUGAGUCUGUUAUUGAGAAGCACUCCCACAGUCGGAUCGAGUACAUGAUCAAGGCAAAGAGCCAGUUCAAAAGGCGGUCCACAGCCAACAACGUGGAAAUUCACAUUCCUGUGCCAACGGACGCAGACUCACCCAAAUUCAAGACCACAGUGGGCAGCGUGAAGUGGGUGCCUGAGAACAGCGAGAUCGUCUGGUCAAUCAAGUCUUUCCCAGGAGGCAAAGAGUAUUUGAUGCGAGCCCACUUCGGUCUCCCGAGCGUGGAGGCAGAGGACAAAGAGGGGAAGCCACCAAUUAGUGUCAAGUUUGAGAUCCCGUACUUCACCACCUCAGGGAUCCAGGUGCGUUACCUGAAGAUCAUUGAGAAGAGUGGCUACCAGGCCCUGCCGUGGGUGCGCUACAUCACCCAAAAUGGAGAUUACCAGCUCCGGACUCAGUAGGCAGCGCCUCAGCCGGCAGUAGGCAGGUGGAAAUCACGAUGGGGUGGAGUCAAGCUGUUAAUGUGCUAUCAAUAGCAGGUGGCAGUCAUGAGACCAGAAGACUGUCAGUAUCAACUUUUAUUGUCUAGUUCUGUAUUCGUUAAAGCUCUAUUCCUUCAUGAUCAAUGCAAAUGUUAGACGGAGCCUUCGGUCAAACGAGGCUCAAAGAUGAUUAUGUUUUACUUCUGUGUGCCUCCUGAUAAGACGGAGACCAAGGAGCACAGCAGUGAUGUUUACAUCCACAUGCACAGUGCAGAGCUGCACUGUCACUAUGAAAUUGUUCUAUCUCCGUGGGUCAAAUGGCUGGGACGAGUGUGUUACAAUUCUCAUUUUAAAGUUACUGUAAUCACCUGCUCACAGGUCAGCAAACACUCAUUCAGUCUGAGUAUAUCUUUUGUAUGAAGCUGCUUUGUUCUGCCACAAUUCCUAUCUCUCGACUGUCUGUAUAUAUUUGUUACACGUUAAUGAGCUCAAAUUCAGUGUUAUUAGUUCUAUAACUGUAAAUUGAAAGCAAAAUUCUUUUCCAUGUAUAUUUUUAUUUCCGUUUGAUGCCAUCGACAUAGGCCAGAGCACUGCCUUCCUGCUUGGCUGUUGAGUUUUUUUUUUGUUUGUUUUUUCCCCAUUUGACUCUUCCGAUGUUCAGCUUCCCCAAAUAUAUUAAACGCAGGGAGUAUAAGCAGCACCUGAAGCACCCCAACACCUGCUCUCAUUCUGUCCGUCUGUAACCAUGACCUUUUCAAUCAUUAAAUAUCUAUUUAGAGAAAACGUC